AUGCCGGCGAGCGAACAAUCAGCAACCAGCAAUGUGAGAGUACCCAAAACCCGCACCAAGACCUUCACGGGAUGCUGGACAUGUCGAUCUCGUCGAGUAAAAUGCGAUGACGAGCGUCCCGUGUGUCGUCGCUGUCGCCAAAGUGGCUGGCACUGUCAGGGAUACGGCCUGCGUCUGGGAUGGUCCCAAUCGCCCGGCAGCCGAUCUCAGCGACGACAGACGCAGUGGUCCGCGCUCCAACUGUUGCCGAACUUGUCCUCGGCGGCCGUCAACGCGCUUCUGGCCGAGUUGGAUGGUUGGUCCGGAGAGGGGCCCUCGCAGGAAAGAGGACCAUUUACAGUCUUCUCCAUCGCCAAUCUGGAUGCCGAAGGGACUGGGGGCGAGGUUGGGUCGUCAGAUACCCCGCAGAGCAACUCCGCAUCCUCCUCGGCCGCAUCACCAGGCACGGAAAAUGCGCUCGAUGUCUGCGAUAGCGGUACACCACUCCCGCUAAGGCCGUCGUCCAGGGACCGUCGCAUCAGGGCGACGACGACAGAUUCGUCGUCACCCGAGGCAGACUCGCUGAUUGACGAUUCCUGCGCUGCCCCGUCCUCACGUUCGUCGCCGUACGAGCGGCUCUCGGCCACUCCGAGUGAGAUCGAGGAAGUUGUGCGAGACGAUCUCCCGACAACGCUCCCCAAAUUGAGCACCAACGCCAGUCACUAUGUUCGGACAGCCUUGACUCUCUCUUCUCUAUCAUCAAGGAAUCCAUCUCCCACGAUGGCGAUCAAUCCGAUCCCGCUUCCACGACCUGAAGCUGAACUCUUACACCAUUGGAAUACCUUUCUCUCUGGGAAUAUGCUUCUAACAGAUUCCCCCAACAACCCCUGCCGAACCGUAUUUUUACCCAUGGCUCUCAAGGGACUCGAGGUCGCUCCCAAGGAACCAAGUAUACACCUCUCUAUUCUUCACGCCAUCUGUGCUUCCUCCGCCUUCAGUCUGGCUCACCUCCGUCAAGAUACGCGGUAUCAGUCGCUCGCCACGCAUCACGACCAACUCGCCCUCCGCCAUUUACGACAUAACCUGGCACGCGGCAUUCGGCUCGACGAACCGGCCUUGGCGGCAGUGCUGAGCUGUAUCACGGCCGAGGCCAUGUCGGGACGGAGGCGCCGUUGGAGAGCUCACGUCACCGGUGGACUGGGUCUCUUGGAAAAUGAAAUCCGUAGAGGGUGGGUUCCGGGUCCGGCUGGGUCUCGUCUGAUCCAGAGCUAUCUCUCUCUUUCCCUGCUCUCCAAUCUGCCCGUGUCACCUUAUUUGAUGUCUCUGUUGAAUGAUUCCCCGGAUGUUCGCCAUUACUUGGAGCAAUAUCACGGGAUCAACGGGCCGUUGGUGCAAUUCCUAGCCUACAUCACCUCCCUGGCCGAGUCCAAAUCCCCCAUCCCCGCCGACGAGCUAGAUCGUCUCGAGAUGCAGCUCCAUCGCCACUCCUCCUUACUCUCUUUUACUACUGGUCCCAGUUCGACGAUCAUCCAACAUGCUCUGAACUCAUUCUACUAUGCAACCAUCAUCUACUUCCGUCGGAACUUGCGCCGUGCGCCCCCUUCCGACGUGCAAGAUCUCGUGGAAAAGGCCGUCCAGGAGCUGGAAGCAGUCGAGAUGAUCAGUAACGAAAAGGGAGGCUGUGCCUACAACUGGGCCAAUUUCGUCGUCGCUGCUGAAUGUGAGCGUGCGGACCUUCGAGCCCGCAUGGCCGCCGCCUUUGAUCGGAAGAGUCGACAUGGCAUCCACAACAUCAAAGUGAUGAGUGAGGUGGUUCAAGAGCUGUGGCAAAGGCGGGACUAUGCAGUUGGAAUAGACAUUCACUGGCAAGAAAUCGCCCAGGAGGCGGAUUUCGAUAUCAUGCUGGUUUAG